UGGCCCAGCGCGUGACAGCCGAGGAUACCCGAGUAAAAACACAGUGACCUAACGGACGGAGCUGCGCGUGCUGCCGUGUCUCGUCUUGUUUCAGGAGGGAUUUGGGAAGUUCACCUGGCUGUCUGUGAUGGAGACCAGACAACAAGAGUUGUACUCUGGUGUUCUGAGUGAAGCAGUGGUGGACUGGGGCAACAUGAGUCCUGGAGAGGAAUGGGUUAAUUCAGCCACACACAAGGGAGAGCAGGGUUUGAAUCAGGACAUGUUUUACCCUUCUGGCGAGGAAUCGGUUAAAAGGAGCUCACAUGGUGACGACUUGGCUCCGGUGGCCCAAAAUGGGGAAAACCUGACAGAAUGGUGUAAAACUUCACCAUCAGGGGACGAUCAGUGGUGUCGGGCAUCAGUGUCGCACUCUGACAACUGGGCCAUGUCCGCCACUUGGGAUAUGCAGCUGGACAGCACAGAGAGAGGACACCUCACAGCAGGUUUCCUGGACUCUGAGCCAUUGAGAGAGGCUGAUGAAGAUAUGGCCUCUGAAGUCAACCUAAACAACUCCAUCAUGACGGAGGCGGAGAGAGAGGAGAUUCAGCAAGAGUUAGCUAAACUGGAGGAGGAGAUCAGUACGUUGAAGCAGGUUUUGUCGUCCAAAGAGAAGCAGCACGCAGAGCUCAAACAAAAACUGGGCGCGGCUUCUCUGUACGAGCUCAGGAACAACCUCAGUAGAGGCUGGCACGACAUGCAGACCUCAACGGCCUAUAAGAAAACAUCCGAGACGCUGUCCACAGCAGGACAGAAAACAUCAGCCGCCUUCAGCACACUAGGCAGCGCCAUCACCAGGAAGUUCGGGGACAUGAGUCAACACAACACAAGUGUGUCCAACUCUAUAGGCUACUCCAUCAGACACUCUAUGAGCAUGCCCACCAUGAGAAACUCUCCCAGCUUCAAGUCUUUUGAGGAGAAAGUCGAGACUACGGUGUCCACCAUCAAGACAAAGGUUGGCGGUACAGGGACCGCAGGCAGCUUUGAGGAAGUCCUCUCCUCCGCAGCAAAUGCCAGCUCUCAGGACACGCCCUCUAACAACUUGACGGACAGCUCUGAGAAGCCGUGUUAGGGCUGCGUCCACACGGUGAGGCGGGACUUAAACCAGGAACGGCUGUGUUGCAGCACUUAGUCACAUGACUUCUCAAUGCUCUGACUGAAAUGUUACAGAAUACUUUUAUUUGAUCACGUGUUAAGAUGCUUUUGCAAAUCAUGUUUGCGAUUAAAUCUCCUAACACUUGCAUGGAAUUUCCUGCAAACCCUAAAUGCCUAGACUUAAUAAAAAAAAUUAUAUUAUUUCUUGUUUGGCCCAAAUUUACUCAAAAUAUUCUAAAGCGGCAGUUGUCUACUUUUUUUAUUUUGAAAGAUCAAGACAGCUGACGUCAAAAGCACACCUACCUGGUAGAGGGCUGAUAAACCCUUCAGAUUAUUAUUAUUAUUAUUAUUAAACUAGGUUUAAAGGAAGAAUCUGUCGACAACCUAGAUCAUUUUAUGAAUGUUAGCAAGAGAUCAGAGCUUGUUGAUCUUUUUGAAGGACUUUUUCAGUGUCAUGGAUUUAACCAAUGAGUCAACAAAUGUCACCUGCCUCAGGUGACCUCCACACCAUGUGGAACCACAGAUGUUGAUCCCAUGGGGUUGAAGCGGAGACGCAGCUAAGCCUUAGUUAAAAAAACUAAGCACAGAUAAAAAGUACAGAUUCCAGACAAAAGCAAAAACCCUGUAUUUCUGCUGUCACUUAAGUUGGGCGGCUCAUGGUUUGGCUCGUGUAGUCACCCUCUCAACACGAGUG